AAAUGACCCCCACAGGCCUCCAAGCGACGCUUGACCCGAAACAACGUGGUGACCCACCCAAUCUUUACUUUUAAUCUCAGCCUGCCUGCAACCGCGUUCGUUGUCACUCAAAUAUCGUCACUUGUCACCCAUCCAUUGCAUCUUUGCAGAUCACCGUUCCGAUGGUUUUAGACGGCAUAAUAACUUCACCACACCGGAGAUCACAGACUGCAUUCUCUUCAUCUUCGAUUAAAAAACAAUACUCAAAGGAGGAUGAACUCGGAAGCUUUUCGACGGUCGUUAGACGACACCGUUACCUGUUAACCGCUCUUGUACUCCUUGCUAUUUUAUGCACGGUUUAUCUUUACUUUGCUGUUACUUUAGGGGAUGUUUGUUCUGGCUUGAACCCCACGCAAAAGGCGCUUUGUCGUGUUCAAGUUUCCACAGAAUCAAUUGCCAAACGGAAACUAAAGUUAUGAUCUGCAGCAGUAUGCAAAUUCUUAUUCUUUACGUGUGAUGAUGAUGAUGAUGAUGAUGCACUAGUUUGUUGAACUUGUUAUAGUGUAAUUAUCUGUUAAAAUUUAUAAGAGAUAUAUGAAUAUGUGAACAACAAUGUUGAAUGAACGAUUAUGUUGUAUAAAUAGUUGUUUGAAAUACUUGUGUACAUAUGAUUUAAUGAUCAA